AGCAAGCAGCCUCAGCGUGUUUGAAUCUCAGUUGUGUUGGUUUUUUUUCUAGAAGCGAAAUGAAGAGUUCAUUUUACGUUUGAUUGCUAGCCGAGCGAAUGGAGAGGGGCGGAUUUCCAAACAAUAAAAAAGGGCUGAGAUUUCAAUGUCGGAUCCAGACAAAACAGAUAUGGCGGCCGGCCGGACGUCAGACAGCGAGGAGGAUUGGCUGCCGUUGUUCCUCCCUGGCCCCCGCCGCCGCUCGCUCGCUUGAAGAGACUUUUGUUUAUUUUAUUUUAUUUUAUUUUGAUCUUAUACGACGCAGAGAUUGAUUGUCAAAAGGUUCUUCUUCGUCUGUCAGACCACCUCACUCUAUGGAUGACGUACGAGGAGGAGGGCAAGGUUAUUAUCAUUCCACGUGCACGCACGCACGUGGGAUCCGAACGUUCAAACAAACUCUACUCGAUCGGUGGGUGGACGAGGCAGGCCCGGGCGCGUAAAUAUAUACGCGCGCACAGAGCACACAGAGAAGUAGGGCGGAUGGUGUGUGGGCCGGGAGUCGAUUUCCAGCGCGGAGGAGAAGGCCGAGUUUGGAAGAAGGUCCUGCAAUUUCUUCCGACGGGCGCACAGGUGGAAAGGAGCCACAGGCAAGAAGAAGCGAGUGAUGUGAUGGGUGGGACACGGCACGGCAGCGGUUGCAUGUGGCGCGCACGUCCAGUACAUGCAGUAAAAGUAGUACGUAGAUGGAGUCAUGCUGGGGCAUGGGCAUGCGUAAUUCUGGUGCUGCAGUCCGCGUGGCUAAUGAAGAAGGAAGAAGGAAAGGAAUUCGAUGCGGAUGCGUGUGCGUGUGCGAUGCGACGGGAUGCCACAGCGAAUCCUCCCCAACUUUUAGCUAAAAAGCCAACCAAGGUCCCCCCGGUGUCAAGCCUCUUCUUCGGGGGGGCAGGCAGGCAGGGGAUUUUAAAAGGUGUGGAGUGGACGGGAUUUGGCUGGGCAUUCUGUGGCGGUGCAGAUUUCAACCCAAAACAACGGGCUGCUGACCCCGCCGGCUUGGGCGCUUCUGCUCCGUCUGCUGCUGCUGCUGCUGCUACUCCCCGGCGCAGUCACUCAACCACACCUACACUCACUCUCACACACUCACCUAGCGGCCCAGCAGCUGUCACUAGCCACCCAUCCACCCACCCACCGGCCACGCUCCGAUCUUCAACCUCCUGCCGAACGACGAUCUCGACUACGAACGACUACGACCACGACCACAACCGCGACAACAACAGCAGCAACACCUUCACCAUCACCCACAUUCCUCACAACCCAUACCGCCCGGCCAGCUCACUCUCCCGCUCCGUGUUGCAGUGGCGUUUGUGUCGCACGUCUUCUACGUGA